AUGGCUCACGAGGAAGAAGUUGUGGAAGUAGUCAUCGUGGGCUGGUCAGGUAUUGCGGCGGCCAAGGCGUAUUUGCAAUGCGCUCCGGACACAAACCUGCUCGUGCUUGAUGCGAAUCAAAGCAUUGGUGGCACCUGGGCCGAAGAACGUCUGUACGAGGGUCUUCGCAGCAACAACCUGAGAGGCACUUUCGAGUAUCCAGACUACCCGCUCCACGAUGGCUUUGGCGUCAAGGAAGGCGAGUACCUUCCCGGGCCUGUCUUGCACCAGUAUAUCACCGAGUAUGCCAAACACUUCAAUGUGUACGAUAAAAUCCAGUUCCAGUCACGAGCCACUUGUGCCUCGAGAGUCAAAGGCGAGAAACGCCGUGGAUGGCAAAUCAGUGUGCAAACUCCGAAGGGAGAGUACACCAUCUUCACGGCGAAGCUAAUCGUCGCGACUGGCUUGACCUCACAACCCCAGAAAAUGUAUAUUAGGGGCCAAGAGGUGUUCAAUGCGCCACUCACCAACACAGCCAAGUUGGCUACAGAUGGCCGGAAAGUGAAGGAUGAUCCUAACGUCCGGCGAGUCACUGUAUUUGGAGGUGGCAAGUCGGCUUACGACGCUGUGUAUAUGUUCGCCAGCGCUGGCAAGGAAGUCGAUUGGAUCAUUCGCAAAAGCGGUCACGGUCCAACAUGGAUGGGCUUGUCGAACGUCGUGAUCGGGUCACUUGGUAAAUUCUGGGUAGAGACGUUAGUCACGAGGCGUAUCAUCGCAUGGAUGAGUCCAUGCCUAUGGGGCGAUGGAGACGGGAGUGGUUGGUGGAGAAGUCUCCUUCAUGAGACCUGGCUUGGACGUAAAGUCGUGGACAUGUUCUGGUGGAAAUUGGGCUCCGACAUACUCGAGCAAGCUGGAUAUAACAACGAUCCUAGUCUGGAGACGUUGCGUCCUGAUUGCUCAGUGUUUGAGACCGCGACCUCGAUUGCCAUACUGAAUUAUCCAACCGAUAUUCUUGACCUCGUGAGGAGCGCGAGAAUUAAGGUGCACCGGAAGGAUCUUGAUCAUCUUGAUGACCAUGGCGUACACUCCAAGGACGGCACAUACGUAGCAUCCGAUGCGUUUGUGGCUAGCACAGGCUGGAGCUUUAAGCCAGCUAUCGACUUCUCCGACAAGCAUCUGCACAGUGAGCUCGGCAUACCGUCGAUUGAUCUCACCAAAGUCCAACAGGAUUUCUGGCGCGGCCUUGACAGCAAGGCAGAUGCCGAAGUGUUUUCGAGAUGGCCCAAACUCAAAGAGCUUAAUCGACCAGCUUGUGCCGACAACGAUGGUUUAGCGAACCCGUUCGACGAGAUUGACCCAAACAUCACUCCACGAGAUUAUACUCCCUGGCGUCUCUACCGCUCUCUCGCCCCACCGGGCCUUGCAGCUGAAGGGGACAGGAGUCUGACCUUUGCAGGAUACAGCCUCAAUUUUACAGGGCACAUUCGGAACGAGAUCGCAGGCCUAUGGAUAUGGGCAUACAUGAACGACAAACUCUCCAUCGAUCCCUGUCGAGACGUGGCAGAUAUAUGUUAUGAUGCAGCAUUGCUGCAGCGUUUCUGCUACAGGAGAGCACCAUGGGGAUUUGGCCGCAGAUUUCCCGAUUUCGUGUUCGAUGCUGUGCCUUGGAACGAUCUUCUGCUGAAAGAUCUCGGUCUCAGUGGUACAAGGAAGGGCGGUAGCUGGUAUAGAGAAUGCUUUGAGCCAUAUAGCGUGGCAGACUAUCGCGGCAUCACAGCAGAGUGGCUGGCCAAGAACAAGCUCUCACAGAACAAAUAUGAAAGCUCGCAGUAG